GUAUUUUUUUCCUCAUGUGAUGUUUCCACGGGACAAUUUGCAGAAAGUGCUUCCUGGAUUUUGUUGAGUCGAACCGGGACGUCAGUUGAACGGUGUCGCCUUACAGUUGCAACGAGAGGGAGCCGAAGAUGGAUGAGGACAACUCAAUCAAAAAAUGUAAUAAGAAAGACGUUGAUGGUCCUGUCUAUAUUGGUAGAGAAGAAGAUCUUAAAAAACAAAGAACAACAGCUAGAAUCAAUGACAGAGAAAUUGUUGUUUUGUACCAUGAUGGAAAUUUUUAUGCUAUGGAUUGUCGAUGUUAUCAUGCAGGAGGUCCUUUACAUCUCGGGGAAAUAGAGGACAUCAAUGGACAGGCGUGCAUUAUUUGUCCCUGGCACAAGUAUAAAAUAACUUUGGCAACAGGUGAAGGAUUGUAUCAAGCAGUAAACCCCAGAGAGCCAUCUGUGACUCCCAAAUGGCAAUCAAAAGGAGUGAAACAAAGGACGCAUCACGUUACAGUGGAAAGUGGAAAUGUUUAUGUGACUCUUUCUGAUACGGCUGACAGUAUAGAUUCUGAUUACUAUGCUGAAAAGACUAUAAAUACAUCUUUGAAAAAAUAGCUCUUUGUAUAUUUCAUAGUAAAUGAUAAAAAAGGAAAUAAUAAUUAUCUAAAGAAUAUUGUCCUUCUGUCUAAAUAUAAUUUUUGUGAUAUGAAAUUGAGCAAUGCAUGGUAAUAAUCUCUUUCUAAAAAGCCUUUAAGAGAGGUGUUCUUGUCUCUUGAGAAGACAAUCCAAGGGUAGCAUGGGGACAAUACACUGACACCCCAGAAGUAUUGAAUUUAUUAGAAACAUUACCUUGGUCUAGGUCAGGGAUCUGCAAUCUGUGGCUCUCCAGAUGUUCAUGGACUACAAUGCCCAUCAGCCUUGCUGGCAGGGGCUGAUGGGAAUUGUAGUCCAUGAACAUCUGGAGAGCCACAGGUUGCAGACCCUUGGUCUAGGUGAAGUUUGAAAAUUAUAAACCUUUAAAUGUUUUGAAUGUGAAAUGGUUUGAAAAGUAUGAUGAUAUUAAGAUAUUAUUAAUGCAAGCAGAGAAAACUAUUUUAUAUGCUAAGGAUACAAUAUUUUCUUUAUGGUUAGACCUUUUGCGCACAUUUGGACUCUUUAGGUCAAGCAUACAUUACCUUCAGAUCAAAUUCUAAGUUGGGCAUAUUUCCCCCUCUUCAGAACUGACCAUGUUACAGAUCAGAGAAGCCUCAGAGUUUCCAAGAGUGGGGAAAACAUGAGCCCCCCCCCCUGCUUAUGCAGGAGCAGUUUUGCUGACUUUUUCGGGGAUCAAUAAGAGCCUCUCCUUUUUAAAGCACUUUUGAUGUAUCCCAGAAAUGGUAGAUCAAAGGCAUGGCCUUUAAAAAAAAAAUUAAGGAACAGGUGGCAGAUGACCUCCUGAACCCAGAAACAUGAGAAGCAAGGGGCAGGCAAAAUGGCAGCUGGGCUUGUGGAAAAACAGUGAUGCACCUCCUCACAUGUAAAUAAGGAAACAAGGAGAGACCCCCCUGCGAAGCACACAACUGAGCAGAAAGCUGUAAGUGUACAAAGGUCCUUUGAUUAUUUUUGUUGAACUUUUCCCAAAUGAUCACCAGUUUAUGAAAUUAUCAGUGUCAUCUUAAACAGAGUUGUAACGUUCUCCCUAUAUUUAUAUAAAUGGCUUUUGGAUAUAACUCAGCUUACCAAUGUACUUUGAAUCUAACAGUUACUUAUGGGUUUCAUGAAGGAGAAUCUGGAUUUUUGCUACUUGUCAGAUACUCAGACUGAUUUAUAUGCUACAAACCAGUUACAGUCUUGAGAGCCCAGCAAGCAAUGCAAGCCUAGCUUCUUUAUUCUUUAUUCUACAUCCCCACAAAAGAGUAGCUCAAGGGAGUUACCUGGAACAAAAGCUGCUCUUAAGUCAAAAGACUCUGCUGAAGGUAUAUCGAGAACAAGCUGGGUUUGUCUGGCUUAUGUCCCCAUAGGUGAGGAGAAAUAACCAGUUUGUGUAUGUGGCAGUACUACUGUAACAUAUGCCUCUGGGAGGGCUAUUUAUUUGUAGUAACAGAGAGGUGUGUGUGUAUAUGUGUUUGUGGAUGUGAUGCUCUAGACUAGUGCAGAAAUUAAAGUCUGCAUGUUCUAAAGAGGUAAAAAUGGGCAUCUCAGUUUCAGAAAAUGGUGCAAGGAGAGACCUUAAAUGCACACUCUCACUUUCUCAUGAUAAGAAUGGAAAAAUAACUCUGAUAGUUCUGUCAAUGAAACUUCUAGCAUCUCAUCUGGCUUAGUAGUGAGUCACAAUUGCAAUGUGAAAUGCCACCAUGUGAUGCACUUGAUGUGGACGACAUAAUGCUUGGAAGCUGCUUACUAUGUAUAGUGGCUCAGUCACAUGCAGGCCCGUAUCCCUGGCAUCUGCUGGAAUAGGUAAUGAUAUUGUGCCAGAGUAUCUCAUAAAGAUUUUCAAAUGUUGAGGUCAUUCCAUGGAAGAGAUUUUCAGCAGGAUCCAUCUGUAGGCCUUCCUCUAAGGAAGAAUAUCUCUCCCUUUCUAGCUGCAAACAGAGCCCCUUUCUUCCAGUGUUCAGAACUUGUUAAUAGGAGAGUGUUUGUAAGCAACAAAGCCCCUUUCACACAUAAGCUUCGGAUAAGCUUGGCAAGUUUCUGUUGUGUAGGUGGGGCUUUUAAGAGCCGCAUGGCCUGCCCACACAGUGUGUGGCUAAUUGACUAGUAAGUCAGAGUUUGGAAGAAAAGCAUAAAAUGGCUCAAACUCCCACGUGGCUCUUCAUCUGAAGAGUGUUCUCUUCAGAUAGCAGUUCAGGAGCUGUGUCCUAGCUAGUGCCUGCUUUUUAAUUGUUACUUUUGAACAAAGCAUCUGGGAAAAUUUUGUGAAGUAAAAUAUAUAUGCAUACCAGAACAGUAAAUUAAGAGGCAAAAGUGUGAAGCAAGAAAACUAGGCAAGGUUAACUGGGAUAAGCUUAGGAGGUUUCUUCAGAAAGUAGAAGCAAUUUUGACACACAGCAUAUGAAGCCAUUUUGCUGUCAAGUUUUCCAGAAUGCCCUUGUAACUGUCAAUCAGUUGUUAAAAUGUUAAUCACUUUUGUUAGACAAAAUAGUGGUGGCGUAUUACAUACCCUGAUGUACAAUUAACUAGUUUUGUGAAACUUUCUUUAAAAGUUUGCUUUUUUUUGCUGAAGCAAGUUGAUGUCAACUUUUUUUAACUUACACUCAGUUCUGUCGAAUUGGUUUUCAACGUACUGGUGCUGAGGACAUUCAGGACCUUUGGUAGACAGUUGUGACCUAGUAAGUAACUGCCUUUAAAAUAAAAUCUGGAGCCGUAUGUACAUUCUGGCAAGUUACGAUUUCUAGGAAAAUGUUCAUGCAUCUGGUGAAGUAGACUCUAGUUGACAAAAGUUUAUGCCACAACACAUAUUCAGAACUUUAAAUGCCAUAAUUUUCUUUUUUACAGGAACAGACUAAUGUGGCUAUUUUUCUGAAAUUUGCUUUUAUAGAAUAUGGCACUGAAUUCAUAGUCUACACAAGGACAAACUGCUGCUAAGUAAGGAACACUGACCAAUAAAUGUUCAU